CAGUGACAUGUACCUUGCCAACAAAAAGGAAUUUCUGUUGCCAUGAACACAGGCUGUCAUUGAGUGGUGUUUGAACAGAAGCCCUGGAGUGUUCCGGCAAGUCUCACAGGGUUCUUUGUGGCCAAGUUGUCCUUCUGUAUUCCUGUGACUUCUCUGCCAGAGACAGUCAUAGCUGAAGAUCAUCAGCCUGUGGUGUCUAAGCCAGGGGCUUGCAGUCUACCAUAUAGCUCUCUCGUUGAAGGCUGCAUUCACUAGCUGUUGUUUAGUUCUGUACUUGUGGACUCUUCAUCCUCUAGUAGGAGAAUUCUGAUGGAAAUUGAAGAAGCUAAGCUUUCUUUUGAGACAGGGUUCACUAUAUAUAGCCCAAGUUGCCCUUGAAAUCUAUGUGUGUGACUAAGGCUAGGUCAGCCUCUUAAGUGCUGGAAUUACAGGGAUAGAACAGCUGUGCAGCCCAUAAGCCUCUGCCCUUACCCUUCUCUUCGGCAUUUUCUUCUGUCCCCUCCUUCGCUGGUGGACAGUUUUGGAGCAAAACCUGUGAUGGGGAUUCCUCUCCUAAGCUGGAGAGUGUCCAGUUUUCAUGUAAAUGGGAAUCGAGCACUGGUAGGUAACCAGUUAGGGGCCUUGGUACAUCAAAGGGCAGUAAUAACAGAAGAAUUCAAAGUGCCUGAUAAAAUGGUUGGAUUUAUUAUUGGCAGGGGAGGUGAGCAGAUUUCACGAAUUCAAGCAGAAUCUGGUUGCAAAAUUCAGAUUGCCUCAGAGAGUUCUGGGAUUCCAGAGAGGCCCUGUGUACUUACCGGAACCCCAGAAAGUAUUGAACAAGCCAAACGGCUCCUGGGGCAGAUUGUGGACCGCUGUCGGAAUGGACCUGGCUUUCACAAUGACAUAGAUGGCAACAGCACAAUUCAAGAGCUUCUCAUCCCUGCGUCUAAAGUGGGUCUGGUCAUCGGCAAAGGAGGCGAAACAAUCAAGCAGUUGCAGGAGCGAACAGGUGUGAAAAUGGUCAUGAUCCAGGAUGGCCCACUGCCCACAGGAGCAGACAAGCCUCUCCGCAUCACUGGAGAUCCAUUUAAAGUACAGCAAGCAAGAGAAAUGGUCCUAGAGAUCAUCCGAGAGAAAGACCAGGCUGACUUCCGGGGUGUGCGUGGUGAUUUCGCCUCCCGAGCAGGAGGAGGUAGUAUAGAGGUGUCUGUGCCUAGGUUUGCUGUUGGGAUAGUCAUAGGAAGAAAUGGAGAAAUGAUCAAAAAGAUCCAGAAUGAUGCAGGCGUGAGGAUCCAAUUCAAACCAGACGACGGGAUUAGUCCAGAAAGAGCAGCUCAGGUCAUGGGCCCUCCAGAUCGGUGUCAGCAUGCAGCGCACAUCAUCAAUGAGCUCAUUCUCACAGCACAGGAAAGAGAUGGCCUUGGAGGCCUGGCGGUAGCUAGAGGAAGAGGCCGUGGCCGUGGGGACUGGAGUGUGGGCACUCCUGGUGGUGUGCAGGAGAUCACGUACACAGUGCCAGCUGAUAAGUGUGGCCUUGUAAUAGGCAAAGGGGGUGAGAACAUCAAAAGCAUCAACCAGCAAUCAGGUGCCCAUGUGGAGCUUCAGCGGAACCCCCCUCCUAACACGGACCCCAACCUGCGGAUAUUUACCAUCAGGGGUGCUCCUCAGCAGAUCGAGGUGGCCAGGCAUCUCAUAGAUGAGAAAGUUGGCGGUGCCGGCCUCGGAGCCCCUGCAGCCUUUGGACAGAGCCCCUUCAGCCAGCCACCAGCUGCGCCACAUCAAAAUGCCUUUCCUCCCAGGGGCUUCCCCAACAUCGCUGCUGCUAAAGUUAACGGGAGCCCUCACAGCACCCCUGUGAGUGGCCCUCCAGCUUUUCUGACCCAGGGCUGGGGCAGCACUUACCAGGCGUGGCAGCAGCCCACACAAGUCCCAAGCCAGCAGAGCCAGCCACAGAGCAGCCAGCCCGACUACAGCAAGGUCUGGGAGGACUAUUACAAAAAGCAGAGUCAUACCACCAGUGCUGCCCCACAGGCCAGCUCCCCGCCAGACUACACGAUGGCCUGGGCAGAGUACUACAGGCAGCAGGCAGCCUUCUACGGACAGACUUUAGGGCAGGCUCAGGCCCACAGCCAGGUCUGUAGCCAGUCCCCAGCGCCGUGAUGCCACCCAGCCUUUUUUGUGCUUGCCUAGUCCCAGGGUGAGCACGCUGGCCUGUGGGGGAUCUCCUCUGUCUCCCUCUAUCCCAGCCUUGAGCUUGCUCAAGUGCUGCUCUCUAGCUCUGGGCUUUAAUAGCCCAGCUAUAAAUAAGUCCUGGACUUUCCCUGGGUCUGCAGUGAACUUCAGGGCCACUCAGUAGUUCCUGAAGGGCUGUGGCCUUUGUUUGCACAGCAGGGGGUAGUAGGUCCACACCCUCGGGGACCUAGGACCAACUUGAUUUCUUUCUUUAUGUGUGCAAAGUUGGAGGGCUCUUUCCAAUCCUCAGCCAAGAAUGAGCUUUCUAUUAAGGGGGAAGGGCCUAGUGCUCCCACAGGGCACCUUGUCAGACCUUGUUGGGACUGGUGACCCAGGAAACGCCCUCCCCAAUGUCCUGACCCUAGAACCUGGGGUCCUGAGACUCCAGCAGCAGGCAGAUGGGGCUGACCCUCUCCCCUCCCCCCACAGGAGCAGUAGAUGGGCGUCUGCGGCGGCUCUUCCCCGAAAUCAGUGUGAGAGAACCCUGUUUGUUACAGAGAUUUUUAGAUUUGCAAACCUUUCAAUGAAGAACCUUUGUUUUGUUCUGUGAAACACUAUAUUUAGAUUAACUGAAAUUUUCUAAAAAUCGGGAAAAUUAGUUACUAAACAUUGCUGAUAAUUUCUGUGUCAUGAUUUCUUUGUUACUUCAAAUGUGUAAGCUCUGGGUUCUUUUGGAGCAAAGCCUGCAAGCUCAGGUGCCCGAAUUCUCAGAGUCUGGACAUUUCAUCAAAUAAUGGGUUUGUUUUGUUUUUGUCUUUUUAUUUACAGUUUUUUGUUUGUUUGUUUCUGUUUUCUGUUGCAACAGAAAAAUGGCUUGGAAGUCUUAGGUGGUAAUGUAACAAAUUCUUUAAAAAUUUUUAAACAGUAUUUAAAUAUUCAUAAAUGUAAAUUCAUUAAGUGUUUCACCUCUAAUUUCUUGUAUCUUGGCUGUCCAGUUUUAUUGCGUUUUUUUUUUUUAAGCUGAACUAUUAUGUAUUGUAAUUAAUGAUGUGAAUUCUGAACUGAGACGGGUCCUUGUGUUGCGGGAGGGGCGUUUGUGGGUUGCGUCAUUCCUAGCAUUCUGAGGGUAAUGCAAAGACUCAUGCAGUCCGCCGUCGUGUAAGCUGCCGACCGUCUCCAUUACCUAGUGCGGUUGUGUGUCUAAGACCUCCAAGCUGGUUUUAAAAACGAAAAGCCUUUCUCUAUUCUCAGAAAUAUAAAUACUGUUAUUUUUAAUAUUAAAAAGAAAUUCAAUAUAACUUUUAACAAACACUGUGGACAUUAAACCAUAUAAAAAUGUAGUAACUAUUUUUUAAUUCCAAGGUGUUUUUUGCUUUUUUCUUUUAAAUAUUUUCUUAAUAUUUGUCAAAUUAACUAGAUAAAUAAAUAAAUCUAGUAUUAACCACAGUAUGAGUUAAAUAAUUUUGAUUUAAUAAAAGGGAUAAUAUGAUUUCCAAUGUUUACUGUAGUGUAUCUUGUACAGAUAACAUGUAUUUUUAAAGAGAAAAAAACAGAAUUGGAGCUAUUUUUUUCUUGUAUUUUGAAUUGACCCGGAGGAACAUUCCGUUUGAAAUGUACUCAAGUUACAGUCUCUGGUUCUCUUGUUUUCCUUACAAUGCUUGAAAUGUCUAACUAUUAAAAAAAGGCAGUUGGAAAUGUUAUGCAUGAUUGUUUGUUUUUUUAAGGUGUUCUUUUUAUUUGACUGACAAUUCAUUUUACACUCUAUAUAAUAAAAUUCCCACAAGGUAUCUUGUGGGCAAAGUG